AUGAAGUUCCAGGAGGUAUCCACCAAAGGCCAGUCUCAAUCUCAGCCGGCCAAAGCGGAACAACCAAAGGCAGAACCCAAAACAAAUCCAGCAGACUCCAAGGAAGAGCCAGCGAAACCAGGUCAAAAGACCCCCACAACUCCCCGCAACAAAAAAGAAACAGACAAAUGCCCUCGCUGCGAAAGUACCGGAUUUCUCGCUCAAUGCAACACUUGCAGUUUCAACACAGGAGUUGGAUUGUGA